UAUGGCAGCAAAAAGAACAGCGGCUCGAAGUCUGCGCAACGCAGCAGCCGCGCAAGCACCUUUNCCAUCGUUGCGAUCCUUAUUGCCCUCUUUUCAGCCAUUGUUUACUAUAUGGAACAAAAUCUUCAAAGCUUCUAUGUUUUCGACACACAGCAACUGCACGACCUUUCGAAGAGAGCAAUCGCAAACCAUGGAAACGACACUAAGGCUGUUGUUGCACAGAUCGUUGGCGAGCUCAGCCAGGGUCCUGCUGCUGAUUAUGUCAACCUGAACGAGGAAUGGGUCUUCAACAAUGCUGGAGGCGCAAUGGGUGCCAUGUACAUUAUCCACGCCAGCAUUACUGAGUAUCUGAUCAUCUUUGGUAAGAUCNGCACUGCCAUUGGAACUGAAGGCCACUCUGGUCGCCACACUGCAGACGACUACUUCCACAUUCUGAAGGGUACUCAGACUGCUUAUUCACCUGCCGCUGGCCACUACGAGCCCGAAGUCUACCCUCAGGGCAGUGUACACCAUCUGCGCCGUGGUGAGGUAAAGCAGUACAAGAUGGACGAUGCUUGCUUCGCUCUGGAGUAUGCCCGUGGUUGGAUUCCUCCUAUGCUUGGUUUUGGUUUUGCCGAUGGUCUUACCAGCACCCUUGACUUCCCCUNNACUCUAUGGCACACAACCAGGAUUACCGGCAGAGAGAUGUUGUCAAACAUGGCUAAGGGCAAGCUU